CUGCAUCUGCCCUAAUCUCUCCUCUCCCUCUCCAAUCUCUCUCGCUCUGUCGCCCUAAUUUCUUCUCUACUACACACACACGCACAUCUCUCUCUCUUUCUGUAUCCAUCUCCGUUCUCUCUCUCUUUCUCUCUAUCUCUCUCUAUCUCACUCUUCCGCGCAUUACUCCGAACUAUAUUAACACGCAUUUUCCCCUAAGGUAUGUUAUAAAUACUGCCUGACAAACAUUUAGGAUCGCUGUUUCGCGGGUAUUGGAGCGGUUAAGGGGUUCCUGGAUCAUUGUCUUCUUCGCCGGUACCACCUCUUCUUCUUCUCCGAUCAAUUUCAGUUUCGAGGUAGAGUCGCUUCGUCUUCUCCUCAUCCGUUCUGUAUCGUUUCUGGAAUUGCGCUUGGUUUUCGGGAAACCCUAGGCUUUGGGACUCUCUAGGGUUUUCUUCUUACUCUGCAUUGGCAUGUUGGUUUGAUUAAACUGCAGCAAUUGUUGGCUACUGGGGGGGUGUGAAGAAAAAAACGGGGAAUUUUUGUUUCUCAUCACUGUUUAUGAUUGGUUUGGGCUUAUGGGUGCUGUCAAAUAAUUGACUGGAAAUGAGAUUGCUGAUUGUGCUAUUUCUGUUUUAAACCUAUCCGUUUUCACCUUGAAAGAUGCAGUGAAAUAGUGAUCUUCAUAGUGAUGAUGUGAAAUUGUCUCUGCCUUUUGGGGAGUUGAUAAUACCUUCCAAUUUUGUGUAUCCAGAAAUGCCACCUACAUAUUGUUGUUUGGGAAUCCAAUCAAUACAAAAUAAUUGAGACAACACUAGGAAAGAGUUUGUGAAUACUUGCACAGAGAUUUGAAGAAAGAAAAUGCAGCUUCUAUUCCAUUUUUAGAGGAAAGUGUGUAUUUUGGGCCAAAAGUUUAGCAGAUUCAGGAUAUCAGUGGCAAUUUUUUUGGCUGAUGAUGGCCUUGAUACAACAAUAUAGAAAACCCUUAAUUUGGUCAGAUAAUAGACCAUAAAGUAGGACAAUAGGCUAGUAGUUGGCUGAUUUUGAAAGAAUCAGAUUCUGUAUUCAAGACUUGUAGAAGGAAAUUAGCUUCCUGGGAUUUUGGUACCCAGGUCAAAAAAUGGGUCAGUAGUGGUUACAUAUUACGAGUUGCUAGCAGGUGGUCUCCUCCAGAAAUAGUAAUCUUUUCAAAACAGAACUGGUUGAAAAGAAUAGUGGCUCUAAUUAAAUCAUUUGUUGGGGAAUCUGAUGACGUUCUGUGCUGAUGGAAAGAAGUGAACCCACAUUAGUUCCUGAAUGGUUGAGAAGUACUGGAACUGUUACUGGGGGUGGCAAUUCUGGCCACCACUUCACCACUUCUUUCCGUUCAGAGAUAUCUCCAUCUGCAAGGAAUCGAUCUUCUAGGAACAUAAAUAAUAAAGAUAGCCCCCAUGCUCCAUUCCUUGAACGAAGUUCAUCAUCAAAUUCUAGGCGCAGUUUAAGCAGUAAUAGUUCUAAGCAUCCAUACAGUAGUUUCACUAGAAGCCAUCGUGAUAGAAACCAUGAUAAAGAGAAAGAAAGGUCGUUUGUUGGGGACCUGUGGGACCCUAGCUCAUCUGAUCCUUUUGGGAACAUAAUAACUGGUAGAGUUGAGAAGAUUAGUUUGCGGCGUUCUCAAUCACUUGUUACCAGGAAACCCGGUGAUUUGUUACCUCGAAGAACUGAAGACUCAAAAAAUGGUAUGAACAUCAUUCAGAGUAGUGGCAAUGGUGUGCUUUCGGGGGGCAGUAAUCUGGAUGGUGUUCAUAAGGCUUCCUUUGAAAGGGACUUUCCCUCUCUUGGAGCUGAUGAUAAACCAGCAAGCAGAGUCUCCUCUCCGGGAUUGGGCUCAGCUGUUCAGAGUUUGCCUAUUGUCAAUUCAGCUUUGCUUGGUUCUGAGAAAUGGACAUCUGCAUUGGCAGAAGUCCCAGCUAUAAUUGGCAGCAAUGGCAUGGGGAAUUCAUCUACUCAGCAGACUGUUCCUGGGACACCUACACUUGGGGUGUCAGGUGCAAGUACUUGUCUUAACAUGGCUGAGGCUUUAUCACAAGUGCCAGCACGAGCUCGUGUCACUCCCCAGGUCCCUGAUAAAACACAGAGGCUUGAGGAAUUAGCUGUGAAGCAGUCCAGGCAGUUGAUACCCGUGACACCCUCAAUGCCAAAAGCCCUGGUAUUCAGUUCUUCUGACAAAAUGAAGCAACCAAAAUUAGCAGUUAGAACAAGUGAAAUGGGUGUUGCUGCUAAGACUAUUCAACAACAGCCUUUCUCAUCUCAACUUACUAGCCAGCCCCGUGUUGGUCGAGUGAGAUCUGAUGCUCCAAAUACAUCCCAUGUUGGGAAAUUUCUAGUUCUAAAGCCUGUAGCUACCUCUGCUACAAAAGAUGCACCUAGCCUAGCUAAUGUUGCUGGUGGAAGAGUUGCACAUGAGCCACCUCCAGUUUCUCCACUGUCUCCUCUGACUAGCUCAAGUACACCUAAGGUCUCUGCACCAGAGAUCAAAGCUGGUGCCCCAGCACUGAAUCUAAGAUCCUCUACAGAGAAGAAAUUAUCUCUAUCACAAGCUCAAAGCAGGAGUGAUUUUUUCAAUCUCAUGAGGAAGAAGACUUCACCGAAAACUACUAAACUUCCAGAUUCUAGUGCAGCAUUUUCUUCCUUUAAUUCAGAGGAAUCUGAUACAAGUAAAGGAGAUAGCAGAGCUCCUGUAAGUCCUGUUGUUGAGGAUGGUCAGAUAACUAGCAAUGGCACCUCUCAUGGCACUUGUGACAAUGCUCAGAGGUGUUCUGAUGGAGUUGACCCAUGUCUUGAUGGAAUGAUUUAUCCUGAUGAAGAAGAGGCUGCCUUCCUGCGUUCGCUUGGCUGGGAUGAAAAUGCUGGGGAGGAUGAAGGCUUAACAGAGGAGGAGAUAAAUGGUUUUUAUCAGGAGUACAUGAAGGUGAAGCCAUCGUUGAAUAACUACCGAGGAGCUCAGCCAAAAAACUUAUCAUCUGAGUUUUCUGGGAAAUCUGGAGCUGCUGCAACUGACUCGUGCUCCUCUGAAAUGGAAGCUUAAAAUUCUGAUUUCUCUAGCAUAGGAUGAUUAUCUUGGGGAGAGUUUUGCUUCGUUUCCUCAUCUCUUUGCUUUGGAGGUACGCAAAAUUGUGUUCACGACGUCUUUAUGAGCAAGGAUGGCUUUUGUUUUUUUCUGUAGAUCAGAGGAGAAUAAGUUACUACUACUCAUUCUGCUGUCCUGCUGGCUUUAGAGGAGGCUUAGGGUAUCAUCUCAUCUAGUUAGUGUUUGAUAAAUACAGUAGUGGUUAGGAGAUAUGUUAGCCUUGAAUUUUUUUUUUCUUCACCCCACCCCCCUUCCUUCUCUUCCUCUGGUGCUUUUUCUUUCCAUGAUCAUUUCAAAGCGGAAAAAAAGGCUUUUACAGUGUUUUUGCCAAUUUUACAGGAAAAGAAAAAUUGCAAGGUUCACCUUA